AUGCCACCAUUGCGAACCACAACCACGCCGCGUGAAAAGCCGCCAAAGUCUACGAGAACUCAGGAGGAGAAUCAGGAAAGAGCAUAUAUCGCGGCAUCGAGAAGGAGUGACCGGACGCUCGAAGCUCGAGUGGAGUCGGCACGGAGAGCUUCAGAAGUUCACAAACGAAGAACCGGUCGGGCACUCCGCAUAACCGCCGAGGAUGUCAUGAACGAGGAGAUGUAUGAAGAGGAGGGGGACGACUUGCCAAUACAAUAUCGACGGCUCACCGCCCAUCUGCAAACCAGUUCGGCCGAUUUCAAUCGCCGCGUCGCAGCUUACUUGACACACCAGGUGGCGAUCCGGAGUGCAAUAGAGCAGAUGGCUCGAGAUCCUCAUGGCCAGUAUCCCGGAGGCGGACUCGGCAUGUUUCCCUCUCCCAUGCUUCCUCCGCAGAGUAUGCCACCGUCACUGGGAGCAUACCAACGCCCUGCUCCGUACCCUUCGCCUCACCAAGCCCAUUUCCCCCAGAACAGUGGCAGAAGAGCAAGUUUCUUGACAUCACCAACGGAACAAGAACCAACAUCGCCUCCGGCACCUGUGCAUCCUCCAGGUCCGAUGGAACCUGCAAACGUGUCAUUUCCCGCCCCAACGCAGGUUGGAGACAAUUUUUCCGGACAACGUAUCAAGGACCAAAGCUCCAGAGCGGACCUGGAGUGCCCGCCACAGGGUCAGUCCGCCACAUCUCCGCAAAGCAGACAGGCUUCAUUCACGCCAUUGUGGCAGGACAUGGGGCCUUUCACCACAUCACUGCCUCCAGAGUCGCAGCAGAUGCUCGCACAUGCACCUGGCUUUGACGUCAACGAUCCCUUCUACGCCAUGCUGAUGCGAGGCUCGGACCAGUAUCUUAGCAACUCAUACUAUCCCUGGAAGAAUACGCAAGAUCCUCUCAAAGGCAUGUGUGCUCACGACUCGACGUACCAAGGAAUGAACGCAACUUUGGCACCUGCUGCGCUUGACACUCCCGAGGAAACACCCAAGGGCACCAGCACUAGCGCUUCAACGACCACGGCGACACACACGUCUGUUUCCGCCGAACCUGCGAACACAGAUAAUCUGCAAACCCCAGAUUUGGACUUUGCUCUGAAGGAGGAAAGUAGAGAACCUAGCUUUUUCGUUGCUGAUGACGGCCUGGAGACUGGUCAGACGGACCCUUCCGCUGACGGAUUCUGGGACCACUUUGUCAGGGACGGAAGCUGGGAAGGUGGUGACGACGAAGUACAUGCUCUCACAAGUGAAAACAACGUGAAAGUUGAGACACAUGAUUGA